AUGCGUUUUACUUGCUUUGAUUGUCCGGAUUGCUUGUCGCAAUUUGCCGAUGAGGUUGAUUCGGAUAAGGAUGGGAAGCCGGUGGUGGACGGGGGACGAUUGGUUUGUGUAUGGUGCGCCGGGGAUAGCACAAAACCUGCUCACAUCGUAAUCGAACAGAUGCAGAAGCGAUGCUUUCAGAAAACCGACGAGGGUUGGGAGGCCAUUGGAAAAGUUCCAAUCUUGUGCUGCCAUCAAUGCCAAGCACCCUUCAGAAAGGAUGAAGAAUUUUCGAUUUCCGCCGGUCAAAGAUGGCUCCGCUGCGCUGCGUGCGGAAAGCAUGCCAAAAGCGUCAAUAAUACGAAGGAAAAACGCGUAUCCGACUCGUUUCGAAACAUUGAGUAUCUGCCCAUGUACAAAAAGAUCGACGAGUGUUUGCUGGAUUGGAUGGGAAAAUUUCAAGACUCAGUAAUACAGCACAAUGAGGGUAUAGAUCAAGCUCUCAGGGCCGGGAAGCUUCAGAAGAAGAAAAGAGGCGCUCGUGGUAAGAAGAAGAAAAACCCUAGCAAAGUGGAAGAAGCUGGCGCAACGACAUCCGACUGCGAUAGUUGCGAUCGGAUCUGGGAGCAAAAUGACAUGUUUGUAUGCAAAGACUGCCAGCGGUUCAUCUGCCCACUAUGCUGUCUAAGAGACCAUAAGACUCAUGAAUACGGAGAAUUCCACGCCACUUUUGGGAUGCUGGUUCCUACCGUGAUUCUCGCGGUUUGCGCGCAGUUGAUCUCCGCGUUCGUCACGGUCCUCAGCGGUGGUCAGAUUGAUGGACCACCAAUUGGAGGGCUCUGUCUCGGUGGUAACGCGUUCAGGGCGCUCACCAUCCAAGGCGACCUCGCCUGCUAUCGAUAUUCCAGCCCGCCAUGUGAUCUAGUCAUUAAAGACAAAGAUCCAGGGCGGCAGGGUGGCAGACUCCAGGAAGGUCAUUGCCCGACUGGGUUCGCUUGUAUCGCCGGUGAUGUUUGUUACGACGUGAUUUCGCCGGAUAUAUGCAGGGAUAACGAUAGCAACUGUGUCUUGUACCGCGACAAUGGAUUCUGCCGCUCAAAACUCUACACGACAGCUCAGAAGAAGGACGCCUGUUGCAGGACUUGCCUAUAUUAUUACGAUUGCCAAGAUGCUGAUCCGGACUGCCCGCUCUACGAGAAGAACAACAACUACUGCAACAACAGCACGGACACCGAAGAGCUUCAUGCGAUGUACAAAUUUUUCAUAUCUGGCCCCGUGAAUACCAUAAAAAUCAUGUUGUUGGAGGGAGCGAUCAAGCUCGGCUCCCGAUCAUUUUCGCGG